AAUGCAAUACACAACAAAAGAACAAAGAAAGGAAGAACCAAAGAAAAAAGAAAGAGCGGUAACGGCAAGGAGUGCCCCGACAACAAUGAUUGGCUAUCCCUCUCCUGUGGCGACCCAAGAACUUAAUAAAUUUAUUAAUUUCGCGAUUUUAUUCAUUUUUCACAUUUUUCGUUCACACAUUUUUUGUUCACACAUUUCUUUGUUUAAUUCGGUUUAAUUACCCAAGUUUAAGGUGCUAUAAUAAAAUAUUAUAUUAAAACUUUUGUCUUCGUUUUAUUAAUUGUCAGCAACCCAAAUAUUUAAUUUGACGUUUCUGAUAUGCCGAACCUAUUUACACUUUAAUAAUUUCUCCCUAUAAUUACCCCUAGAGCCUCCAAAGCCUGUUUUCUUAUUAAUCGUCUACAAUCACAAGCCAUUCUAGCAAUUGCUUGCAUCAAUGGCCUCCAAUAUUUUGACCAUAAUUCUGUCGUUUUUGUAGCUGUUUCAUCAAUCUUUAUGAUUUCAUUUGUUUCAG